UGCCCCAUCAUUGGUAUCAGUGGGAGGAAUAGUGCCCCAUCAUUGGUGUCAGUAGCACCCCCCAUCAUUGGUAUCAGUGGGAGGAAUAGUGCCCCAUCAUUGGUGUCAGUGGGAGUCGGCCCGUCAUUGGUAUCAGUGGCAGGAAUAAUUGCCCCAUCAUUGGUGUCAGUGGGAGGAAUA